AUGCCCCGGGGAAUCUCCACCAAUGUCUAUCCAGUCAUUCUUUCUUCUCGAACUCGAACAAUACGUGACGAGGUUAUUGAAAGCUCCCAAGUUGAAGAAUGCGAGUUGCACAUACCACCUGCUUCUGUAGGAGAUGACUUUGACAUUCACAGCGAGAUGGGGCCAGCUGUAGUUGCUGAUUGCUCAAUAACUAGCAAUACUUUGGAUAGUGAUGACGGAAUUGUUAUCUUUGAAGACCAUUCAAACGGAGCUGUUGAGAGAGCCGUUGAGGAGGAAGAUGAGAUCAACAGAUCUAUUGAGAGAGUUGUCGAGGAGGAAAGUCAGCUAACUGUCGAUUGGUCGGAAGAGUCAAUGGAACGUCACAUGGCCAAUCUGUUUGGCCUCGAUACUCAAGAACACAUGGCACAGUUAUCUCAGGAAAUUCGCGAAGCUGUGGAGCAAGAGAUGGCUGCAAAUUCUUCUGCAUGCUCCAUGGACCCAGCACAAGCUAGCGAAACUGAAAACAAGUCAGAUCACAAUAAUCAGAGACCAAAAAUCAUACCGAUUUAUCAUUUCACACCCGUCGACUUCCCUGAACCACCCGCGCCAUUACGCCUUGGGACUCCACGAUGCAAUGCGGGCAAAGCGGCGCGUAAAGCUCGAAAAAUAGCGGCUGAGAUUGCUACAUUGGAAGGUGUCUUGAAUGACUUGCGCAAGCGCCAUAGACGCUACUUGAGGGAAUCAUACCUGUAG